UCUCUCUGUCUCUGUCUCUGUCUCUGUCUCUCUCUCUCUCUCUCUCCAGUCUCCACCCAUCUCAAGAAACAUGAGAUUGAAAUCCCAAUAUCCCAUCAACCUUAAGCUCAUCCUCAUCUGCUUUUCCUUUCUUUUCCUUCUCUUCUUGAUCCUAAGAUCAAGUUUCUCAUCUUCCCAGAAAAUUCCAACUCUGGUUCCAUCAAUCCACCCAUCAAACUUAUCAGAUUCCUCAAAAGAACAACAAUCUGCAACUUGUCCUCCUGCUGAUUUAACACCAACCUGCACCAAAAUCUCACCAUCUCUAGCCCAAGCUCUUGUCCACUACACCACCUCAAACAUCACCCCCCAACAAACCUUCAAAGAAAUCUCAGUAUCACUAAGAGUCCUCCAAAAGAAGUCACCAUGCAACUUCUUGGUCUUUGGCCUAGGCCAUGACAGCCUCAUGUGGACAUCACUCAACCACAAUGGCCGCACAGUUUUUCUCGAAGAAGACAAGUCUUGGAUCAAGCUGAUCACAGAGAAAAUACCCACUUUAGAAUCAUACCACGUUGUCUAUGACACAAAGGUGACUGAAGCAGAUGAGCUCUUGGAGAUUGGAAUGAGAGAGGAGUGUAAAGUUGUGGGUGAUCCGAGAUUUUCUAAGUGUCAGCUUGCACUCAAGGGUUUCCCUAAAGAACUGUAUGAGAUAGAGUGGGAUUUGAUUAUGGUGGACGCUCCAACUGGGUAUUUUGAUGGAGCACCGGGGAGGAUGAGUGCUAUAUACACAGCUGGGUUGAUUGCUAGGAACAGAGAGGAGGGAGAGACUGAUGUGUUUGUGCAUGAUGUAGAUAGGGUUGUGGAGGAUAAGUUCUCAAAGGCUUUUCUGUGUGAAGGGUACUUGAGGGAACAAGAAGGAAAGAUUAGGCAUUUCACCAUUCCAAGUCAUAGAACUCGCUCGGGUCGACCCUUCUGUCCAUAGAGCUCUCUCUCUCUCUCUCUUCCCUUUGUUUUUUUAUUUUUGAUCAGACU